CAUAAACGAGGUGGCGAACAGUCGCAACCGGCGCAUAGAGCGGGCGGGCGACAGGGAGCUGAAGCAGGCGUGUGAGUGGCUGGACCACAACCGCGCUCAGUGCAAGGGGGCUGUCUACGGGCCCAUUCUCGCUGAGGUGAAUGUCAUCGACCCCGACGCCCACGGGGCCUUUCUGGAAUCGCACGUGGCAGGGUGGGUGUGGAAGGCGUUUGUGACAACAAUGCCAGAGGAUCGAGACCUGCUCGUGCGCCACUUGAAGCCCCUUGGCGUGGCUGUGGUCAAUGAGAGCAGUCGUCCUGAGGAGCUGGGUCCCCCCGCACAUGCCAUGGCGGUGGAUGCACAUCUGCAGCGCCUAGGUGUCACGCACCGAUUGGACGAGGUGUUCAACGCGGCCCCUGUGGUGCGCAGUGUGCUCAACCAGCAGUCGCAGCUCUUCCGCUCUUUCGUUGGAUCGCCGGAAGCUGAUCGGAACGCGGAGGCGAUACAGGAGAGGGGAGUGGAGGACCUGUGGACGCCCGGCAGCCACUACCGCUGGAUGCGCUCGCGAUACAACGGCUCCAUCUCGGCCACCAUGCAUGACGUCCGCCCCUCCCGCCUCUUCUCCCAAGAGUCGGGGUUGCAGGAGGAGGAGCAGCUGCAGGCGGAGAAGGAGCGCAUUGAUGCGAGGGGCAGGGAGCUGCAUGAGAGGGCGCAGGCCGUGCGGCGGGAGCAGCGCGCUCUCGAGGCCGAGGCAGCACAGUGCGAGAGACAGCGGGAUGAGAUUGUGAACGCUUACCAUGCACAGAAGAAGCAACGCACCGACCUGCAGAACCGCAUUGUGCAGAAGCGCGACGUGGUGGAACAAUCGCGGCAGAGCGAGGAUAUGGAGGAGGUGGAGAGGAGGGCGCGGGCGGACAUUGCUCUCAGCAUGGAGCGACAGCUGGGCAACGCCAAGAAGAUACAUAAGCACCUGCUGAGCCUGUGGCAGGAGAAGCGGCGCCUCUCCUCCCUGCAACUUGCUGUGGACGAGCUCUCCUUCCUGGUGCGCGAGCGCGAGGGCGAGUUCAAGGAGCUGGACGAACAGCUGCUGAAGCUGCAGCAGGAGGUGAUGCGCGAGGAGGAUCGGGUGGCGGCAGCGAAGCAAGAGGCAGCAGCGGCACUGGAGGCGGCGAGAGCGGUGGUGGACAUAAGGAGAGACGAGGAGGCCAAGAGGCUCUUUGAAACGCUGCCUAAUUCACUGGAGGAGCUACAGGAGGAGGUGGAGGAGCGCAUAGGGCAGGCAAACCGCAUCGUGUGCCCCAACCCCCACGUGCUGCAGCAGUUCCAAGAGAGACAGGAGCAGAUCCGCACAAUGCAGGGCAAGGUGGAGAGUGAGCGGCAGCAGCUGGAGGAGCUCAGGGCAGAAGUGGAGCGCGUGCAGGGUCUCUGGCUGCCGCGCCUCCGCUCGCUGAUAAUCCGCAUCAAUGAGGCCUUCUCCAGAAACUUCCGGGAAAUGGCCGUCGCUGGGGAGGUGGCUCUAGAUGAGAGGGGCGCUGACUUUCGUUCAUACGGCAUUCGGAUCCGAGUCAAGUUCAGGGAGAGUGCAGAGCUACAGGAUCUGAGUGCGCACCACCAAUCAGGAGGGGAGCGCUCUGUAUCCACCAUCCUGUAUCUGGUGUCGCUGCAGGACUUAACGCGCUGUCCGUUCCGAGUGGUGGAUGAGAUCAACCAGGGCAUGGACCCCACCAACGAGCGCAACAUGUUCCAACAGCUCGUGCGCGCCGCCACCCAUGACCACACGCCGCAGUGUUUCCUGCUGACGCCAAAGCUGCUGCCAGACUUGGACUAUGGCGAGGCAUGCACGGUGCACUGCGUCAUGAAUGGACCGCAUGCCACGUCCCUCGCCUCAACUGCUGGAUUCAAGGAGGGCGAAGCUCUAUGGGACUCCCUUCAGCAGAGCGCUGCAUCAGCUUAG